CCCGCAAGCAGCUCAUCGCGCUAUGUCUUCUGUUUAUCAGAGCUUUCUCUCUCGUCAUUACAAGAGAGAGAAACGGGUAGAAACCAAAACCUUUAUCACUUCUCUUCAAAUCCUAUCCAAUUCAGCGCUCACCGCCGCUGAAUCUUCUUCUUCCCAGGUUUCUCUCCCUGUUUUCGUUUUCCUUUUCUUCUUCGUCCUGUUGCGGAGAUAUCCUCCUUGAGCCGUGGAUCGAGUUAUGCAGCAAGCUGAUCGGACGGUUCUAAGCUUGAGACCUGGUGGCGGUCGACCUAGACUCCUUGGUCCUCGCUUUGAGCAUUCAUCCUCCUCUUCCUCAUCGUCUUCAUCUUCUUUUACCUUCGGUUCAUUUUCCUCUGAUCUUUCCACCCUCCCGCCCCAUGGCGGGCCUUCCGCUUCAUUGUCUGUGAAUGCUGAAGAUUCACGGUUUGAGGGUCGUGAGCGUGUUCGAUAUACCCGAGAUCAGCUUUUGCGGCUUCGAGUGCAGCUUCGAGAGGCUGUGGAAGUUCCAGAUGAUAUACUAAUACUUAAACGGGAUCUUGAAGUGGAAAUUUUUGGCGAGGAACAAAGUUGGAGUCGUGGAGAGAGCAAUCAACCUAAUCAGUCUCAGAAUCGCUAUUCUGAGCCAGACAGUCGUGACUGGCGUGGCCGUUCUGCCCAAUUCUCUGCUUCUGGAGAGGAGAGGUCCAGGGAAACAAAUCGAGAUAGAGAUGUUGGUGGUCAUUUUGACUCUAGACAGCAAGACGCAAACCAAUUCAAUCGUCAAGAGCAUUGGACCAGGACCACUUCUAACCAAGGGGGAGGACUUCCCGCUUUAAUCAAAGCUGAGGUUCCAUGGUCAGCUAGGAGAGGAAAUCUUUCUGAAAAGGAUCGUGUCUUGAAGACUGUAAAGGGGAUAUUGAACAAGCUAACACCAGAAAAGUUCGAUCUCCUCAAGGGUCAGCUAAUGGACUCCGGAAUCACCUCCGCUGAUAUUUUGAAGGAUGUCAUUUCACUGAUUUUUGAUAAGGCUGUUCUCGAGCCCACAUUUUGCCCCAUGUAUGCCCAAUUGUGUUCUGAUCUGAAUCAGAAGCUACCUCAAUUUCCCUCCGAUGAACCUGGUGGAAGGGAAAUUACUUUUAAACGAGUCCUCUUAAAUAUCUGUCAGGAGGCUUUUGAAGGUGCAGACAAGUUGAGGGAAGAGGUUAGGCAGAUGAUUGCCCCUGAGCAAGAGAGCGAGCGCAGAGAUAAAGAAAGACUGAUCAAACUUCGUACUCUUGGAAAUAUUCGAUUAAUUGGAGAGCUUCUGAAGCAAAAGAUGGUGCCUGAGAAGAUUGUCCACCACAUCGUGCAGGAACUUUUAGGACCAGAUAACAAAAUCUGUCCUGCUGAAGAAAAUGUGGAGGCCAUCUGUCAGUUCUUUAACACCAUAGGUAAGCAGCUAGACGAGAAUACAAAAUCGCGGCGUAUAAAUGACAUGUACUUUGGCCGAUUGAAAGAAUUGACUACACUCCCUCAGUUGGCUCCACGUUUGAAGUUCAUGGUCCGCGAUGUUCUUGAUUUGCGAGCUAACAAUUGGGUACCUAGGCGUGAAGAGGUUAAAGCCAAAACUAUUACUGAAAUACAUUCAGAGGCAGAAAAAAAUCUGGGACUACGUCCUGGUACUACUAUCAAUAUCAGAAAUAGUCGUGGUGUUGUGUCUGGCUCUCCUGGGAACACCAGCCCUGGGGGCUUUCCUAUCAAUCGACCUGGUUUGGGGGGUAUGAUGCCGGGCAUGCCAGGAACCAGGAAGAUGCCUGGUAUGCCAGGAAUGGAUAAUGACAAUUGGGAGGUUCCUAGGGCCCGUACUGUACCUAGGGGGGCAAACGGAUCUGGUAUGCAGCCUUCUGGACGUGGCCAGACACAGUUGAUUGGCAAAGCAUCAACCUUGAAUGCGAGGCUACUACCCCAGAGUUCUGGUGGCCUCAUUAGUAACAAGACUAGUGCUCAAUUGCAGGGUGCAGGAGCAUCUACUACUCGUCCUAUUAACUUCGGUCAAGGGUUGGGUCAUAAACCUAUUACGGCAGCAAUGGUCCUUCCACCUGCUGAGAGACCACAGGUUCCAGCUGCAUCUUUAAAACAAGUUGAUCUCAAAAAGAAAACUCUCUCUCUUCUUGAAGAAUAUUUUAGUAUCCGGAUUUUGGAUGAGGCUUUACAGUGCGUGGAAGAACUCAUGUCACCAGCUUACCAUCCUGAAGUUGUAAAAGAAGCCAUUUCUUUAGCCCUAGAGAAAAGCCCACCCUGUGUUGAAGCAGUCGUAAAGUUUCUGGCCUAUUUACUCUCCAGGAAGGUUUUUACUGCUGGAGACAUUGAGACUGGAUGUUUGCUAUAUGCUUCUGUGCUCGACGACGCAGGCAUUGAUUUACCAAAAGCCCCAAUCAAUUUCGGAGUGAUAAUUGGGAAACUUGUUAUAUCUGGUAGUUUGGAUUUUCAGGUGGUGAAGGAGCUCCUUAAGAAGGUGGAAGAUGACAGGUUCAGGAAAGACAUAUUUGAUGCUGUCUUGCAGACGCUAAGUUCUGAUGUGUCUGGACAAGGAUUACUGGAUUCAUUGGCAUCCUAUAUCGAGGCCUGUCGAAGUCUAGCAUGUUAACGCAAAUCUUAUUGCUUCGAGUUCUCUAGUUACAGACAUCAGAUGGAACUUUUUGCCCUUGGUUUCGUUAUGGCAUGCCCCGCCUCGUUUGCGUUCCUCAUAUGAUGAACAACAUGUAUUUCAUUAUCUGACAAGGUGGCUACAAAGAACAGGUAAUUUUAUUUGAGUUGUAUAUUGUUUUUUGGAGUCUGGUAGAAAAUAUGUUUAUUGAGAUUUCAAAUCAAACCCCAUAAUGCCAUUGGUUUUGCUCUCCAACCAUGGCUAAAUCAUGCCUGUUAUUUUUACAUACACAUUCAAAAAAAAGUUAAAACAUCAUUUUUUUUAUUUCUUAUUU